CAAGCUCGUGUGCCGCACAGUCUCUCUCCCGGUUCGCUUCUCGUCAUGGCGCUUCUCUCCCUGGCGGCUCUUUCUCUUCUGUGUUUGGUUUCCCUCGCCCCGGCUCAAGUGGCGCCGGUAGAUGACGACGACGCUCCCGUACGGCCGCUCGUCUGGCGGGUACGCAUGGAUGCGCUCGAGAAAAAAGGACAACACAUCUGCCGUUGGUGCAGCGUGAUGCUCAUUCUCGUGUCUGCCAUGUGUUUCUUUCUGCGGUUGAUGCGUUUGUAGGUGGAGGGUGAGGAGGGCGAGGCUGCUUAUCUCGUCCCUACGCAUGAUUCCUUCUACAACGACUUUGAAGGCGAGGCUCUUUCCUUUGUGUCCGCACUGGUGGAGAGGGUCAGGCCCGACGCAUGGAUCACCGGCACCAACAACAGCUUCGCCGGCAGCGACCAAGAGGAUUCGUCCACCCUCAGCGAUCUAUUGACCGAGCAGGACACGCUGAUGGCCAACUUGCAAAACGAUCCCGCCCUCCUCAAGCGUGUCAACGACUUCCAUGACUUCGUGAUCGAGCGCCUCGAACUUUGGUCAGCGGCGCAUGGAUCCAGCGCCGAGACCAAUAUUGUGGUCCUUCUAAUGGUGGAAGCCUUCUUUCAAAUGACGGUGGCGCAUAUGCCUCCCGCGAUCUCUGCCCAGGCGCUGCACUCCAUGUGGGCGAAGAGCGAGCGAGCGAGAUAAUCCUGGUUUGUCCUUACUGCCUUUCUGUGCUGUGCUGUGCGGUGCGUGCGCUGCAGGGUGCAAUUGGGCCCCUUCGUUUCCACUGUCAUGUCCUCUGAGGAAACCGAGGCUGUCGCGCUUGCCGAGUACGUGGCUACUCUCGCCGCUGAGGCGGGCGCCGGGACAGCACCGAUAGCGACACCGCUCGAAGUGACGCAAAUUCUCAUUACUGAGGGUGCCUCCCACCUUCCAAUUCGGGACCAGAUGGUGUACUUCGACGCCGCACUGACGUUGAUUGAGAUCUAUACCAAGAAUCUGACGGCGCAGCCGCCGCGGAUGCGGAACUUGAAGAACUCGCCGAUUGCGUACGCGUGGCGGAUGGGCGACGAGGAGACGAUCCGCAAGCUCACGACCCUUGAUGAAUGUGGGAUGGCAUUCAAUCCAUUGAUGUGGUUCCGCCACCUGCCGCCUGGGGCCGAUGCGGUGCAUAGCGAGUAUUUCGACGAGUCGCUCAUCGAGAAGCUGGAGUCCUUCUACGACACAUGUCCCAGCGACAUCGCGGCAGCUGUACGGGAGGCUCGCCAGAACGUCACGACGGUCGGCAACCGCUUGGCUGUGGACAGGAUCCGCUACCUGUUCGACAACGGGGCGACUGACGAUCCCUCGGUGACCGAUCCAUCGUGCCGGCCGCUGUGGGGCUUCGGCGUCAAAGUGGUGAGCGACGAGGAAGGUAGCACGCGACACCUCACCGGUUCCUUCGACUGUUCAUUCACCGCACGUACCGAUUGUCUCUCUGUGGCUUCACAGGAUGGCCUCGUCGGUGAGCUUGGGGUGACCGCUGAUCUGCAGGAGGCGGGCUACACCGUCACGCGGCUGUCUGGCGACAUCGAGCAGAUCCCCAUUCGACAGGCCGACGAGCGAUGCCCCCUCUCCACGAUGGGGCUGAAGCAGCUCACCCGCAAGUGGCCCGAGGUGGAGGGAAGCGGCGCGACAAGGAUAUUACAAGAUUCGGGCGAUUCGGGCGACUUCUGGCCCGACGUGGUGGCCAGUGAUGCGGCAGCGAGUUCAUACGCUUAUCUGCUCUUUUUGUGCCUCGCCUGCUGCUGUCUGGCGCUGGUCGGCCACCUGUGAGUGAUGAUGACACAUACGACGCGACGCGACGCGACGCACAAGGGGGCGGGCAUCCAUCCAUCCAUCCACUCACUCACCUGUCUGUCCUUACGCAUGCGUGGAUCUUUUUGUUUGCGCAUCCCUCUGUCUCUCUGCAGCACCUGUCUGUACGUAUACGUGAUGCAUGUGUGUGUGUGUGCGUUGGCUGCCUUUCGUGUCCGUGCACUCGUCACGUUGGGGGUAAUUUCCCGAGGGCGAUAGUGCCGCCCUGAGUGAAUCACGGAAGGAAGGAAUGAAUGAGUGCAUGGGGUUUGUGGGCAGGGAGGGAGAAGACUAAGUACUGGCCCUUUUUGUUUGUAGUCUUUGCGUCUGUGGUGCGUGUGAUGCAUGCAUGGUGUCUUUAUAAGAAGAGAAUGCGUCGAUGACUGCCGGAUGGAUGGAUGGAUAUGGUUUGUGUCACUUCUGUAGCUGAGCUGGGUGAGUGUGGGGACCAGGGGCAAGGGACACAUACAU